AAUCAUGGACAUUGAUCUCUCCGAUGCCGCACUUCCGCUGCGGAUGUUUAUAGAAAACCACAAGUGGUGUCCACAGCUCUGAUUCAUCUAAAAAGAGUGAUUCUACAAGGUCGUUAUGAGACUCUUCCCGCUGAACACUCCUUCAUCUUGCACACACCCAGUCCUCAUAUUAUUAUUCACUAUGUCCUAUAGAGGUGUUUCUCGUCUUCGGCCCACGGCCACUCUCAGGCUCGUUACUUCUACUCCAAACCCGGAUACAGACGAGGACUCCAACUCUUCUCUAAGCUCCUUCUCGUCACACUCAGAAGAAAAACUAUCACGAGGCGGGACCGAAGCUCACCAAAUUGAGCCUGCCGAGACGCCUCCACGGAUCAGAGUCCCGCUGGCCCGACAAACUGAAAUUGACAAUAAUACUGUAGCGGACAAUAUUGAUAGGAAGGAGACUGUGGCUGAGCCGACACAGGUCGAUGAAGACUGGAAGAUGAGAUCUCCAUCUCCCAUCGAGCUUAAUUACGCUCCCAUCGAGUUUACUUACGCUCCCACUCAUUUUCAUCAACUAUAUGAAUAUCAAGACAUUGUUAUGGCAUCUCCUCUUCGCUCCCCUACUCCCAAUGAAGUCCAGGAUUCCGCGACAUGGGGGUCCCCAUGGGGCGCCGAUCUGCCUCGCUCCCCCACUCCCAAGGAAGUUCAUAAUUCCUCUACAUGGGGGUCCUCCUCCUGGGGCGCCGAUCCUCCUCGCUGCCCUACUCCCAAUGAAGUUCAGGAUUCUGCGACAUGGGAGUCCUCAUGGGGCGCCGAUCCGUCUCAUUCCCCCACUCCAAAGGAAGUCCAGGAUUCCUCAAUAUGGGGGUCCUCCUCAUGGGGCGCCGAUCCGCCUCACUCCCCAACUCCCACGCAAGUUCAGGAUUCCUCGACUUGGGGGUCCUCCCCAUGGGAAACCGAUCCUUCACACUCACCCACGCAGGACUCUGCGACGCGGGGGUCCUCCACAUGGUGAUUGCCUUGGCUUCCAUCCGUUCACGGCUUGAUAUGAUUGUUUUGUUUGAUUGAGAGGGUUUAGAGAGAGGGAAGUCUGAAAGACGAACUAUUGAACUAUAUGUUUGCUUUGUAUUAUUGAUUGAGAAGGUGUAGAAAGGGAAGUCUCAAGGACGAACUAUUGAGCUGUAGGCGUUACAAGCAUAGUUGCUGCUACUCUAAUUGUGUCGGGAAAUGUAUUGAAUAUUCAUUCUGAUAACGCAUAGUCACAUCACUUCGCGC